ACAAAACAUAUAUCACUAUUUACUAACUUCUUCAAGAUGAUGAUGAAGCACAAAGCCAACAUGGCAAUGGUGUUUGUACAAAUCAUAUACGCAGGCAUGCCAUUACUCUCUAAAGUUGCCAUUUCUCAAGGAACCAACCCUUUUGUCUUUGUUUUCUAUAGACAAGCCUUUGCAGCUCUUGCCUUAUCCCCUUUCGCGUUCUUCCUCGAAAGCUCGAAAGCCUCGCCUUUAUCGUUCGUCUUGCUGCUCAAAAUAUUCUUCAUCUCCUUAUGCGGGCUUACGCUGAGUCUUAACCUCUACUAUGUGGCCAUCGAAAACACUACUGCCACCUUUGCUGCAGCCACCACCAACGCGAUACCAUCUAUCACCUUUGUCUUGGCUCUCCUGUUCAGAUUAGAGACUGUGACGUUGAAGAAGUCACAUGGAGUGGCCAAAGUCAUUGGUUCGAUGAUUGGAAUGUUAGGCGCAUUAGUUUUUGCUUUUGUGAAAGGGCCAAGUUUGAUCAACCACUAUAACAACAAUACCAUACCAAACGGCAGCGUUGCAUCAACCAAAAACUCUGUGAAAGGUUCUAUCACAAUGCUAUCUGCCAAUACUUGUUGGUGUAUGUGGAUUAUCAUGCAGAGCAAAGUGAUGAAGGAGUACCCAGCAAAGUUGCGACUAGUAGCACUUCAAUGCCUUUUCAGUUGCAUACAAACCGGAGUUUGGGCAGUCGCGGCAAACAGAAAUCCAUCAGUUUGGAAGAUUGAAUUCGGCUUACCUCUUCUCUCAAUGGCUUAUUGUGGAAUCAUGGUGACUGGACUUACAUAUUGGUUACAAGUGUGGGCAAUAGAGAAGAAAGGACCAGUGUUCACUGCACUCUACACUCCUUUAGCUCUCAUCAUUACUUGCAUUAUCUCAUCUUUCCUAUUCAAGGAAACACUAUACCUUGGAAGUGUGGGUGGAGGAGUGUUGUUGGUGUGUGGACUAUACCUUGGUCUAUGGGGUAAAACUAAAGAAGAGGAAAUAAAAUUGUAUAAUGAAAAACAAAGCCAAAAAGUGAUCAUUGUUUAGUCGCAAUAAUUUAACUUUGGAACUUGGAUACAAGUUUAUUUUGGAAGUUAUAUAUAUAACCUUUUUUUGUGUAUGUUUCAGACAAAGUACCAUCGUCUCUAAUAA